UGUUAAUAACGUUCCCAAGAAGAGGUGUUCCUUUCUAGUGAGCAAUUAACCCCUUGGACAGUACUGACUAUAAUAUCCUGCUUCUGACGUCGCAAGUUAGUUUACUCCGAGCUAGGUUCCGCCCUGUUAUGGAGUAAAAGCGUUAAGCCGUUGGAAGGGAAGAAAUGUUUUCUUGUCUCUGAAACUGGCCUCUACGCGGAGGAUGAACAGUAUCGGGGGAAAAGAUCUACGCCUCUCUAAAGUCAUGGAGUCCUCCGAGGGGAGCAGUAUUUCUCCCAUCUCGUCCAUCUUAGACGUGGUUCCUUACCAGAAGUUAGUGGACCUGCACUAUGUCAGCAGAGGAGGCUAUGGUGUGGUGUACAGAGCACGGCACAGUGACUGGAGGAUAUCCGUGGCUGUUAAGUGUUUACAGUUUGACACUCCAAUGGAGGAAGGUGAAAGGAACACACUUUUGAAGGAAGCAGAGGUCUUGCACAGAGCCAGAUUUUCCCACAUAAUCCAAAUUUAUGGUAUUUGCAAUGAACCUGAAUUCAUGGGCAUUGUGACAGAAUACAUGAGCAAUGGAUCUUUGGACCAACUCCUUCAUCAGAAAGAAACUUAUCCUAUACUUCCUUGGUCGUUGCGACUUCGUAUAUUGUAUGAAAUUGCCCUUGGAGUAAAUUUCCUGCACAACAUGAAUCCUCCAUUGUUGCAUCAUGACCUGAAGGCACAAAAUAUUCUGCUGGAUGGUGAAUUCCAUGUGAAGAUUGCAGACUUCGGACUUUCGAAAUGGCGGCGUUUAACCAUGAGUAAAUCAUCAGGCGUUAAAUCCCCCACAGCUGGUGGGACAGUUAUCUACAUGGCUCCCGAGCAGUAUGAGCCAAACAAAGUGAAGCGUGCAGAUGUAAAACAUGACAUGUACAGCUAUGCGAUAAUAAUGUGGGAAGUUCUCUCAAGAAAACAACCAUUUGAAGAUGCUACGAACCCAGUACAGGUGAUGUUUAGUGUACUGCGAGGUACCAGACCUGACACCAGUGAGGAAAGUUUACCAUUAGAGAUCCCCAACCGUGAGAUUCUGCUCGAGCUGAUGACAAGUGGCUGGUCUCAAAACCCUAAUGAACGCCCUUCCUUUAUUAAGUGCCUCAUAGAAUUGGAACCAGUGGUUCGAACCUUUAAUGAACUGACUCUGCUUGAGGAUGUUUUGUAUCUCAAACGAGCCAAAGGGAAUUGUGCCUCAGACAACUUCUCUGCAUCAUUUGAAAAGGUAAAUGGAGAUCUGAAGACACUCAAUAUACCAGUGCAGGCAGUGAAUACAGAACCACAAAGCUUAUCCUCCCAACAGGGAAAUGUCUCCUAUCAGCCAUCAUCAGGAUCUCACAAUCAGCUCUCACAAGCAACUUCUUUAUUCUCUUCGUGCAACCCAAUUUCCUCUUCAAUGCAAGACAGAGUUGCUAUUCCAGUGGAAGAUAGAGCUGAUAUGCACAAGAAAAUAAAUAAUACAGACAAAAAUGUACAGUCUAGUAUGAAGUGUCAAGAAGAAUUGUACCCAGCAUCUUUAGCUAGCCUCAGAGAUGAAGGCAGUUUGUCUCAGACUGCUAUAUGCCAACCAGAUGACAACUUUGCUCCACGAAGUGGAAUUCCGGAAAGUGAAUCGGAUUGUGGAUUGGGACUAAUAACACUGCAACCUUCCACUAGUUUCCUCUCAGAAUCAAUCCUUCGAGGUGUGGCUGAUCAGUGGAUUCAAAGCAGAAGAGAGGAUAUUAUUAACCAAAUGACAGAAGCAUGUCUUAAUCAAACACUGGAUGCCCUCAUUUCUCGUGACCUAAUAAUGAAGGAGGACUAUGAGCUCAUCAACACCAAACCCACUAGAACAGCCAAAGUCCGACAACUCUUAGAUACUAGUGACAACCAAGGAGAAGACUUCGCCAAAGUCAUCGUUCAGAAGUUAAGGGACAAUAGGCAAAUGGGACUUCAACCUUAUCCAGAGCUAUGCACGUUAUCCAGUCCAGUGUCUCUUAUAAGCUUGAUGCCAACUCAUCUCAAAAGCAAGUGACUAUUAUUCACAUUUGUUUAUUGGAUCUACCGUUACCUUGGUCCUAUAAGCUAUGAUAUCAUGGUUAAUUCAUCUUCAGUGUUCUUUGCCUUGCACCUCGAGACAGUAUAAUAUUUGACAAAUUAAAAAUAUUUUCAUAAACCAGAAAAUGUGAAUAGUAUCCUGAUCACAUCCCAUUUGCCUGUUCUUCACAGUUGAUGAUUCUCCAGCAAAAAGUAAUUUUUAUUUGUAAAUCUUCCUUUACCUAGAUUGUAAAAUGUAAGAAACUAUGAAAUAGUGUCACACCUUUAAAGUGGAGGCUGUUCUUUAUUGUGUGUUUCUGGGGUAAAAAAAAAACACUGAUUGCCUCAUUAGGAUGACACUACAAGAUGUGCCGUUUACAGCUGAGUUUUAGAAAUAAAUUUUAGCAGGUCUUAAAAUGUUGUCUUCACUUGAUUGUUAAAGCAUCAUAAACAUGCACAACUUUAAUUGCAGAUUUGGUGUUUUGCAAAAAGCUUAGAAGGUAAGCAACAAAUGGGCAACAUCAUCUCCAAGAGCUUUCGCACAUCCUCAAAAGUCAUCUCAAUCCUUAACUUUCAUUAAACUUGAAGGAAUAAGAAGUAAUGGAAAUGGGUGCAGAUGAGGUUAAAAUGUAAGGAUGAAUCUGCAGGAAAAAUAUGCCCAUGUGUCUUCCUAGCUCAGAGCCUCCAAAUUUAGUCACUGGCAUGUAGUAGUUUGGAGGUUGCUGAUUUUAUGGUUAGUUAAGCAUAGUAUGUCCAUAGGCACUUCAACUUGAACUUGUUCUAGGCUUCAACCACAGCUAUCCUGACAUUCACUAAAUAUGCUGUUUGAUGGUUGUUGGUGACGCCCUUGCAGCAAGUUGAAUUCCUCUAGAAUCAGCUUUAUGAUUGGAGUCCUAUUAUAAAAAACUUUUUAUUUUCCAGUAGCAACAAGCAUCAUGUCAAGUAUGGCAGCAAAGGUACUGUCUUUUGAUGCUAGGUCAUUAUUGUCAUUGAAAUGCUAACAGUGUUUAUCUCUCCAUAGACACUAUCUGACCCAUAUACUUCUAGUGCUGUGUUUCCAUUCUGUAAGCCCCACUAAAGAAAAGAUGGCAUACCAUAACUUAGAAGGUAUUGCAUUACCCAAAGCAGACUGCAUGCACUUUUAAAUUUAAAGUACACUUUUUUUAGUGAUGUCUAUAUAAAUAAGAACAAAAUUCAAGUGAUCAGAACAUAAGAAAUAGGAGCAAGAGUAGGCCAUCCAGCCCAUCGAGCCUGCCCCGCCAUUCAAUAAGAUUAUGGCUGAUCUGUCCCUAAACUCAGUUCCAUCUACCUGCCUUUUUCCCAUCACCCUUAAUUCCCUUACUGUGUAAAAACCUGUCUAACUUUUUCUUAAAUAUAUAUUCUGAGGAAGCUUCAAUUGCCUCCCUAGGCAGAGAAGUCCACAGAUUCACCACUCUCUGGGAAAAACAGUUUCUCCUCAUCUCCAUCCUAAAUCUUCUCCCCUGAAUCUUGAGGCAAUGUCCCCUAAUUCUUGUCUCACCUACCAAUGGAAACAACUUUCCUACUUCUAUUUUAUCUAUCCCUUUCAAUGUUUUGUAUGUUUCUAUAAGAUCCCCUCUCAUUCUUCUGAACUCCAGAGAGUAUAGUCCCAGGCAACUCAAUUUCUCCUCAUAGGUUAACCCCUUCAUCUCUGGAAUCAAUAUGGUGAACUUCCUCUGAACUGCCUCCAAAGCCGGUAUAUCCUUCCUCAAGUAUGGAGACCAGAACUGCACACAGUUCUCCAGGUGUGGUCUCACCAGAACCCUGUAUAGUUACAGCAUGAUCUCCCUGCUCUUGUAUUCAGUCCCUCUAGCAAUAAAGGCCAACAUUCUGUUUGCCUCCUUAAUACAAAGAACUUAUAUUCUUAUCUAAGUUAAUAGGAUUUAUCAUACUGGUUUAUGGGUUCAAAACUAUUAUUUGUUAAUGCAAACUACAUCUCUCUCCAGGUGCCUCAAUUACAUGACUUGAACUUCCAGCUGGAGAAUUAGAGUACUUAGAAAUAUAAUAAGGGAUUGAGAAGGAGCUAAGAAAUAGAAGCAUUUGCCUGCCUGUGAAAAGAUAAUGCUUCCUCUGCUGUUCAAUAACUUCUGUCAAAAAGCUGGAAAAACCUGUCACAGCCUUGGCUUUUAUUAGGUAGACAAUUCUGGCUGCGAGAUUGCAAGAAGAGACAAUAAUCUGGGUGCAGUUUAAUCAAUUACAUUUCUGAGAGGUAGAUGGAAUAGUAAUUGCACUAUUUUCAGCCACUCAUUUCCAUGUCUGUCACUCAGAAGCCUCACAACUGCCAACCAAGUUCACUACCUCAUACUGCAUUUGUUAAACAAUCCACAUACAAAUGUACAGAUUAUUUCCUUGGAGUAGAAACUAGUGACUACAUUUAGAAAUAUAGAGAACUUUCAGUUAGUAUUGUAAUAAUGCCUUCAUCAGAGCUAUACAGUACAUAAUUAGGUCUGGUCCUUUUAUAAUACCCUUUUACUAUUUGUCCACAGAUUUUCAUUUUUCACCUGCCUUCCUAAUGUCAUACCUGCACAUUAAAACAAUAGUGCUUACAUUGUUUUUACCAAACUACAUUAUCUCAUACUUUUCUACAUUUUAUUCUAUCAGCUAUGACCUUGCUAAUUAGCUUUACAUAUCCUUCUUCUCCCAAGCUCUCUGCAUCCUCCCCCCCCCACCCCCAA